AUGACAUUUGGGGCUAAAUAUUAUGAUUUGAUCCUCGUUUUGCUCAUCACACUCGGGUUAUCAAGUCUCCUUGCUGUUAUUCAAAUUUUCAAAUUGAAAAGCUUUACUUGGCCGAAGACUGGUUUCGAUAUCAGCUUUAAACUCAGCUCCCAGCUCACGGAAAUUUUCGAUCAAAACGCUGAAUAUGCUUUCUUCUUGGGAUUUCCUUUUGCUGGAUUGGCUGCUUUCUAUGCUGCGACGAAUAAUCGAUUGACGAUACCGGUUCGAUUAUUGUCGACUGCUGAAAACGCGAACAAAUUCGUGCAAACACUCGGCUAUUUCCCAACUUUCAUCUGUGAAUUGAGUCUGGUGUUCACAUGCUCGAAGGAUUUGACUUAUAUAUUUGACAGAGUAUCAUUUUAUGUCGAUUACUAUGAUCUUUUCAGUAUUUCGCAAUAUUGUCAAUUGUGUAUAUCAAUCAGUCGUUUCAUGGCUCUUUCCUUUGACGCGGCUUUCAUCAACUUUUUGAUGUGUGCACUUGACUGUAUGACUUAUCGAAACUUGAAAAAGCGAAAGAAGAAUGGGAAAACGACACGCACCGAAGUUCUGCUGAUGAUUCAGAUGAUUUCAAUGUCGUUGAUCGCUUUCAUCAACUCGCUUCUUUUUCCUUUUCUCAAUUUGAUGAUUAAUAUUUUUUUUGGAUUUAAUUUGGCUUACACGACGAUUUUCGUACUUAACUUUUUUGUGAAUCUUCUUUUUUAUCCGUUUGCAAGCAUUGUCUCGAUUUUGUUUCUUCGCAAAAGAAAAGAGAGAAAUUCGAAUGGGACAAGUGUCACUCAGUCAAGUUUGGUGGAUAGCCGAUGGACACGGAGAAUCUAUGCUUUUCUACUAUUCAUCUAUAGUCAGUACUGGUCAAUAUCAGAAAUCAAGCCGGAUAUCGACCCUUCAAUCUCAGGACAACUCACUCCAAUCAUUGAAAGGACUGAGGCUGUGGUACUAGUUUUGAGUGUUUUCAUCAGUUUUUUCGCUAUUUGGAACGUUCUAUGGAACGAUCGGUUGACUCUUCCAUUACGUUUGUUGGCAGCUAAUGAAAACGUCGAUAAAAUGAUAUUUGCUAUCAUUUACACAUAUUAUUGCGUGUGCGCAUACCUAGCAAAUGAUCAGUGUCCACAAGCGAUUUUCGAUUUGAUCACCACAAUCAACUCGUACGUUGAUUAUCAUAUUCUUAACGAUAUUGCUCAAUACAAUCAGCUGAUGAUCUCAAUCAGUUCAGCCGACAAGUCACAGUGUCUAAUUAUGAUGGCCAACUCCUUCCUAACUCUCAUCAAUACUCUAUUCAUGUAUUCGAUAAUGUCAAUCGUCAAUUUCUUCUUUGAUAUCAGUCUUGCAUUUCUUGUGAUGAGAUCGCUCGACUUUAUUCGAUUUUUCUUUUUCAAUUUCAUCAUGAGUUUGAUCAGUGUUUUCUGUUUCCGAAAACCAAGGGAUCAAAAAGUUCACCAAAGAACUAAUGACGGAACGGCUUUCACAGUGAGUAGAAGAACGACAAGAAAUCGU